UAUUCACUGUGCUCCUGGAACUGUUCCAGGCCUCCCAGCUCUGCCACCAGCGUGCAGAUUCAUCCAGUACCCACAAGGCUCACAAUCCUCAGAGGCAAGGGCAGACUCCAGGAAGGUGAUUCCUGUUACAAACCAGUGUCUGAAGGACUGGCAGGGCUCUGGGAAGACGCAACCGGAUCCUCGUCCCUUCCCUUCCUCCCCGGCGCUCUCGGGGUGAUUUCGGCAGCAGCCGCGCUCCGCAUGGAUUUCAUUGCUGGGGCCAUCGGAGGAACAGCCUGUGGUCUUGCUGCAGAUAUAUUUGUCCUGGGAAGGACCAUGCUGAGUCUUACCUUGCCCACAAAUUGCUCAUCAUGUGUGGUCUAAGCACAGCCGUGGGUUAUCCACUGGACACAGUAAAGGUGAGAAUUCAGACUGAGAACCACUACAGAGGAUUUUGGCACUGUGUUCAGGAAACAUACAGGACAGAGAAGGUCCGAGGAUUUUACAAAGGGGUGACUGCCUCAGUCCUCGCUGUAUCAGUGGUUUCCUCAGUGUCCUUUGGCACUUACAAGAACUUCCUGGGCGCCCUGUGCAAGCUGCGCUACGGGGCUGCAGAUGCCAAGCCGUCCAAGCUGGAUGUUUCCCUCUCUGGAGCUGCUGCCGGCGCUGCCCGGGUUGUGUUGACAAACCCUAGUGAAGUGGCUAAAGUUCGGAUGCAGACUCAGAGGAACCCAUGCCCUUCCACCACACAUCAGCCUGUUUCCAAGCCAAAGUACCAAGGGUCUCUGCACUGUCUGAAGGUUAUCAUCAAGGAGGAAGGUUUUGGGGGUCUCUACAAGGGCUGUUCUGCAUUACUCUGCAGGGAUUGCUCUGCUUCUGCAAUAUAUUUCCUUUCCUAUUCUGCUCUGUGCGACUGGCUCACACCGGAUGGGAGAAAUAAACCAGGUUUCCUUGUUGUGCUGCUCUCUGGUGGUUUUGCUGGAGUCCUGGCCUGGGGAUUAGCUACUCCCAUGGAUGUCAUCAAAUCGCGCAUGCAAAUAGAUGAAUCGGACCAGCACAAGUACAAAGGCCUGAUCCACUGUGUGAGGGAAAGUGUGAGAAAGGAGGGGGCAAAAGUGCUUUUCAAAGGACUGGGUUUAAACUGCAUUCGUGCCUUUCCUGUGAACAUGGUAGUGUUUGUAACAUAUGAAGGUGUACUGAGAUUUACAGACCAUUAUAUAAACAAAAAGUAGCUUGUUC